CCGCUUACGUCAUCGACAUGACGUCGUUUCUCUUUCACAAUGGCGGAUAAGAGAUCCCUAACGUUUUGUAUAUAUUCAGGAAUAGCACUAUCAAUUUCAAUGGCUGUGAUCUAUUUAGCGUACAUAAAGAAGAAUGGAAAAAAGGACAACAACACACCGCCCCGAUGUCGAUGGGAAACGCUCAAAAGAAUUCUUUCACGCCUUGCACGGUCAAUUCCGAGCGCAGAAUGCGUCACAUUUGCAGAGGUCGCCCGCAAUUCGAGGACGGACGCUGUCAAAGGCAAUCAACCGGAGCUUUCUUCUGACGAGUCGUUAACAACAGACGGCCUGUCGGAAGUGCAACCAAGUCUGACUCUAAUGUCGCCAGCUUCAACAAUGUAUACUAGCUUUAGUGACUCUAGUGUUGACCUCUCAUUGCCAGGAACAAACACAAGCGACUCGGAGAAAGACGAAAUAUAUUCCGAUGAUUCAGAAUCAAAUGAAAACGUGCACUAUGCUGAUGUUGAUACGCGUACAGAUGGAGUUACACCCCCGUUUGGUGGAGAUUUCGAUCUAUUGCCCGAGGAGCAUUUUCACAGACUGCUUGAUUCGCCAAUUGUAGAAUGUCAUCCGGCAGAUGAGAGGAUUCCUUUGCGCGCAUGCGUGACGUGCUCUUCUCCAGUGGUUAAGAGCUUUGAUGGCGUCAUGAGCGAAGCGGAAAUGAGGUCACACGACAUUUUUGACACAUAUACAAGUAUAGUGCCACCUUUAAGGCCAAAUACUGGAGAGACGAUUCGAAAAUUAAAUACAACUUAAAAAAAGGGGUAAAUUAACAUUUAACACACGUGAUUAAACUGGAAGGUAAUAAAUAUAAUCACAUAGUCA